GUCGAGCUCGGUAGCGCAUCUAUUAUACUGCCUUGCCGAGGAUAAAAAGAAGAGCAACUGGAGGGACUGUAAGGCAAACGUUGCUGGAGCUGCCGGGGCAAAGUUGCAUGACUGGACCCUGGAAAUGGGAUGUCAGUCCCGUUCAGGGAGCAUAAAGGAAGCCAGAAGAUCUGCCUGCUGCUGUGACAGCGAGUGAGAGCGCGAGCGGGAAGAUGUCGGCGGUCACCUCAGCGAUCCAGGCUCCUCAGGGCCCUGUCAAUCCACCGCCCCCUGAGGUCACCAACCCCAACAAGCCUGGCCGGAAGACCAACCAACUGCAGUACAUGCAGAAUGUUGUGGUGAAGACCUUGUGGAAGCAUCAGUUUGCUUGGCCUUUCUACCAGCCUGUCGAUGCAAUUAAGCUGAAUUUGCCGGAUUAUCACAAAAUCAUUAAAAACCCCAUGGACAUGGGGACGAUCAAGAAACGCCUGGAACACAACUACUACUGGAGUGCCAGUGAAUGUAUGCAGGAUUUCAACACCAUGUUUACAAACUGUUACAUUUAUAACAAGCCCACAGAUGACAUUGUCCUCAUGGCCCAAGCCCUGGAGAAGAUAUUUCUGCAGAAGGUUGCCCAGAUGCCUCAGGAAGAAGUGGAAUUAUUACCCCCAGUUCCUAAAGGCAAAGGUCGCAAGCCGUCAGCAGGCACGCAGAGCGCAGGAGCGCAGCAAGCCGUGGCCGUGUCUUCCGUCUCCCCACCGGCCCCGUUCCAGAGCGUCCCUCCAGCCGUUUCCCAGACGCCUGUCAUUGCUGCCACCCCUGUGCCAACCAUCACCGCCAACGUCCCGCCUGUCACUGCCCCUCCCGCCGCCGCGCCCCCUCCUCCAGCCGCUCCGAUCAUGCCCGUGGUGCCUCCUACUCCCACCGGUCGUCAAGUGGUGUCCUGUCGCUGUUGCAGAAGGAAGGGAGUGAAGCGGAAAGCGGACACCACACCCCCACCACCUCGGCCAUCACUGCCCAGCCGCAGCGAGUCCCCCACGCCCCUCUCGGACCCCAAGCAGGCCAAUGAUCAUUCGCCCGGCGGAGAGAGCGGCGGCAGGCCCAUCAAGCCACAGAAAGACCUGGAAGAUGGAGAGGUCCCCCCCAGCACGCAGGGAAAGAAAGGCAAACUCUCUGAGCACCUCAAGUACUGUGACAGCAUCCUCAAGGAGAUGCUCUCCAAGAAGCACGCAGCCUACGCGUGGCCCUUUUACAAGCCCGUGGAUGCAGAGGCCUUGGAGUUACAUGACUAUCACGACAUUAUCAAACACCCCAUGGAUCUCAGUACUGUUAAAAAAAAAAUGGACAGCCGAGAGUACCAGGAUGCGCAGGGCUUUGCAGCAGACAUCCGGUUAAUGUUCUCUAACUGCUACAAGUACAAUCCUCCAGACCACGAGGUGGUGGCCAUGGCCAGGAAGCUCCAGGAUGUCUUUGAGAUGAGAUUUGCAAAAAUGCCUGAUGAGCCUGCAGAGGCUCCCCCUCCUCCUCCUCCAACGGCGCCAGUGGUGAGCAAAAGCACAGAGAGCAGUCACAGCAGCGAGGAGAGCUCCUCUGACUCGGAUAGCUCCGACUCGGAGGAAGAGCGAGCGACUCGGCUGGCUGAGCUCCAGGAGCAGCUAAAGGCUGUCCAUGAGCAGCUAGCUGCCUUGUCACAAGCACCAGUGAACAAACCAAAGAAAAAAAAAGAGAAGAAAGAAAAAGAGAAGAAAAAGAAAGAUAAGAAGGAUAAAGAAAAGCACAAAGUAAAAGUGGAGGAGGAAAAGAAACCCAAGGUGGCUCAACCACCAAAACAAACCCAACAGAAGAAGGCCCCAGCUAAGAAAGCAAACAGCACAACCACAGCUAACAGGCAGCCCAAGAAAGGAGGCAAACAGGCGUCUGCGCCCUACGAUUCAGACGAGGAGGAGGAAGGUCUGCCCAUGACCUACGAUGAGAAACGACAGCUCAGCUUGGACAUCAACCGCCUGCCCGGGGAGAAACUGGGCAGGGUGGUGCACAUCAUCCAGUCCAGGGAACCUUCCCUCAGAGACUCCAAUCCUGAUGAGAUAGAAAUAGAUUUUGAGACGUUAAAACCCACCACCUUGCGGGAGCUGGAGCGCUACGUCAAGUCGUGUUUACAGAAAAAGCAGAGGAAACCCUUCUCUGCAAGUGGCAAAAAGCAAGCAGCAAAGUCAAAAGAAGAGUUAGCUCAGGAAAAGAAGAAGGAACUAGAAAAACGGUUACAGGACGUCAGUGGGCAGCUAAACAACAAGAAACCUGCAAAGAAAGAGAAAUCCGGCUCAGCAGCCUCUGGAGGCCCUUCCAGGCUCAGCAGCAGCAGCUCCUCAGAAUCUGGGAGCAGCAGCUCCAGCGGCUCCAGCUCAGACAGCAGCGACUCGGAAUGACUUAACGGACACUUAGCCACCAAAUGGACAUCACCAACCCUCCCCCCACACUCUGCAGUGUUCCUUUAUCUCCUCUGUAUACUGCUCUUGUUCCAUGGUGGUCAGGUUUUGGGUAUGGCUUUUUUUUUUUUCUCUCCUUCUCUCCU